AUGUCUACAACAGAACCCACUACAACCCCAACUACUUCCACUAACCCACUACAACCCACUACAACUUCAGCUACUUCUACUACUACAUCUACAACAGAACCCACUACAACCCCAAUUACUUCUACGACAACAUCGACAACACAACCCAUUACAACCACAACAACUUCAACGACGUCUACAACACAACCCACUACAACCUCAUCUACUUCCACUGCAACAUCUACAACACAACCCAAUACAACCCCAACUGCUUUGAUGACAACAUCUACAACACAACCCACUAUAACCCCAACUUCUUCUACGACAACAUCGACAACACAACCCAUUACAACCACAACAACUUCAACGACAACGUCUACAACACAACCCACUACAACCCCAACUACUUCCACUGCAACAUCUACAACACAACCCAAUACAACCCCAACUACUUUGAUGACAUCUACAACAGAAAGCACUACAACUCCAACUUCUUCUACCACUACAUCGACAACACAAACCACUACAACCCCAACUACAUUAACUACGACAUCUACAACACAACCCACUACAACGUCAGCUACUUCUAUCACUACAUCUCCAACAGAACCCACUACAGCCCCAACAACUUCAACAACAACAUCGACAGCACAACCCAUUACAACCACAACAACUUCAACGACAACAUCUACAACACAACCCACUACAACCACAACUACUUUGACGAUAAUGUCUACAACAGAACCCACUACAACCCCAACUACUUCCACUUACAGCGUCAACUACUUCCGCUACAGCAUCCACAACAGGACCCACUACAAGCUCAACUGCCUCAACGACUACACCUACAUUUACAACUACUUCCACUGUAAUAUCUACAACACAACCCACUACAACCUCAACUACUACCACGACAGCAUCCACAACAGGACCCACUACAACCUCAACUACUACCACGACAGCAUCCACAACAGGACCCACUACAACCUCAACUGCCGCAACGACUACAGCUACAUCCACAACUACUUCUACUGUAACAUCAACAGCAGAACCCACUACAACCUCAAGUACUUCUACUACAACAUCUACAGCAGGACACACUACAACCCCGAAUACUUCCACAACAACAUCUACAGCACAACCCACUACAACCUCAACUACUACCACUACAGCAUCCACAACAGGACCCACUACAACCUCAACUGGCUCAACGACUACACCUACAUCGACAACUACUUCUACUACAACAUCUACAACAGGACCCACUGCAACCUCAACUACUACCACUACAGCAUCCACAACAGGACACACUACAACCUCAGCUACCUCUACAAUUACAUCUACAUCCACAACUAUUUCUACUACAACAUCUACAACAGGACCCACUGCAACCCCAACUACAUCCCCUACUGCAUCUGCAACAGAGCCCACUACAACCCCAAGUACUUCUACUACAACAUCUACAAUUCAACCCACUACAGCCUCAACUACUUCCCCUACAGCAUCUACAAUAGGGCCCACCACAACAUCAACUGCCUCAACGACUACACCUACAUCCACAACAACUUCUACUACUACUUCUACAACAGAACUCAUUACAGCCCCAAGUCCUUCUACUACAACAUCUACAACAGGACCCACUGCAACCCCAGCUACUUCUACUACUACUACAUCUACAACAGGACCCACUGCAACCCCAACUACUUCUACUACAACAUCUACAGCAGAACCCACUACAACAGCAAUGACCUCUACAACAACAUCUUCAACACAACCCACUACAACCUCAACUGCCUCAACGACUACACCUACAUCCACAACAACUUCUACUACAACAUCUACAACAGGACCCACUGCAACCCCAACUACUUCUACUACUACAUCUACAACAGGUCCCACUGCAACCCCAACUACUUCUACUACUACAUCUACAACAGGACCCACUGCAACCCCAAAUACUUCUACUACUACAUCUACCACAGAACCCAUUAAAACCUCAACUGCCUCCACGACUACACCUACAACCUCAGCUACUUCAACCACAACAUCUGCAACGGAACCCACUACAACCCCA